UGCAAGUUUUGUUCAAAUUUAACCUGAAGAAAUCCUGAUCUUGUUCUUUGAACCAAACGUGAUCAUAAACUCCACCCUCUUCCAACACUUACCAGGAAGAGACUGACUUAUUAUUUCUCUUUUCUGUCAUACUGACUCUCUUCUCUCUUGACAAAAACAAUAAAGAAUCAGCGAUCAGUGGAGAAUGAAGAGAAACACUUUCAAGAAGGAUUUUUGAGACAUUUGUUUCUGAACAGACAGCAGAUCGUUGUGAUUCUCAAGGUGAUUCAUUUUUAAAACCGUCGUUCAGAAAGUGAAAGUAAAGUUUAUAUUGCUGGAGCUCAAACAGUGAAAAUGGCUUCACUAAAUGUUUCUGUUGAAGAGCUUUCUUGUCCCGUGUGCUGUGAAAUCUUCAAGACUCCUGUUAUUUUAUCAUGUAGUCACAGUGUCUGUAAAGAGUGUCUUCAACAGUUCUGGAGAACCAAGAAAACUCAGGAGUGUCCUGUCUGCAGGAGAAGAUCCUCAAAACCUGAACCUCCACUUAAUCUUGUGUUAAAAAACUUGUGUGAGUUGGUCCUGACAGAGAGAAAUGAGACGAGUUCAUCAGGAUCUGAGGAGAUCUGCAGUUUACACAGUGAGAAACUCAAACUCUUCUGUCUGGAGGACAAACAGCCUGCGUGUUUAGUGUGCAGAGAUUCAAAACAACACGACAAUCACAAAUUCAGACCCAUCAGUGAAGUGGUUUCAGCAUAUAAGGAGGAGCUCAAUACAGCACUUAAGUCGUUACAAGAGAAACUUCAACACAAUGAAAAAAUGAAAGGAGAGUUUGAGAAAACAGUUCAACACAUCAAGUCUCAAGCUGAGCACACAGAGUGUCAGAUUAAACAGCAGUUUGAGAAGCUUCAUCAGUUUCUCAGAGAUGAAGAAGAAGCUACAAUCACUGCACUGAGGGAGGAAGAGGAGCAGAAGAAGCAGAUGAUGAAGGAGAAGCUGGAGGAGAUGAACAGACACAUCUCAGCUCUUUCACACACAAUCAGAGACAUGGAGGAGAUGAUGAAAGCCAAUGACGUCUGCUUUCUGAAGGAGUUUCCAGUCUCAAAGGAAAGAGUCCAGAGCUCACAGCCGGAUCCACAGAUGGCUUCUGGAGUUUUGAUUCAUGUGCCGCAUUACUUGGGCAACCUGCCGUUCAGAGUCUGGAAGAAGAUGCAGGACAUCGUCCAAAACACUCCUGUGAUUCUGGAUCCAAACACUGCUUAUCCAUGGCUCGUCCUGUCUGAUGAUCUGACCAGUGUGAGAAACAGCGGGAACAAACAACCUCUCCCUGAUAAUCCAGAGAGAUUUGACCGGUGGGCCUGUGUUCUGGGUUCAGAGGGUUUUAACUCAGGAACACACUGCUGGGAUGUGGAGGUUAAAGAGAGUCACUGGUGGACUCUUGGAGUAACUACAGCAUCAAAACAGAGGAAGGGAGAUGUUUUCUUCAACACUGAUGUCUGGAGUGUGACGUACGGAUGGAAUGUAGGUUCUAGUUUUCGUGUCAAACAGAUGCUUGAUCGUGUGAGAGUGAAUCUGGACUAUGACAGAGGAAGGGUGUCAUUCUCUGAUCCUGUAACUAACACACAUCUACACACAUUCACAACCACCUUCACUCACACACUCUUUCCAGUCUUCUGUACUCUUGACUCUCUCAGGAUCUUACCGGUCAAUAGUCAGUAAUCGUUACUCCUGUAGAUCUGGAUCUUCCUGCUUUCAUCAUGUUUCCAAUAUUUAAUCCAGAUCACAUGAGUAAGAGCUGUUGAUCUGAAUAUCAGUACGGUGGCUGUGAUUGGGCCGUGAUGAUCACAUGACUGAUAUCAGCACUACAGCAACACUCACACUCUCAUAUUGCUUUAAUACAACAGAUCAAUAAACAAGUUUAUUUCAUUAGAGUUUAGAAGAAGUUUAAAAAGCACUUUACACAAUAAGAACAAUUAUUAGACAAUUUUAGAUUAAUAACCAUUUACCUGAUUAUUAUUUCAGUGAGGUUUAUCACUUUGCUAAUUUUCUCAUACAUAUAUAUAUAUAUAUAUAUAUAUAUAUAUAUACAUAUAUAUAUACAUAUAUAUACAUAUAUACAUAUAUAUACAUAUAUAUAUAUAUAUAUACAUAUAUAUACAUAUAUAUAUAUAUAUAUAUAUAUAUAUAUAUAUUAAACUGAACCUAAUUCUACACAGUUUCACUGAAUUUGUAAAUGAAUAAUUGUUUAUUUGAGUUUAUCUGAUCAUUUGUUCAUUUAAGCUCAUGGAUAUAAACAAUAAACUCUUUUAUUAUUUAUGGAUCUGAUUCUGAAAAACAAAGUCAAAGUUUCUGUGAUUCACUGAAAUCUCUGAGAAAGACUGAGUUUCAGAACAGAAUUUGAUAAUCCCGAGUUC